AGCAGGGCAUAUCGAUAGAACUAUACCCCGUACAACACCACUACUCUGAUCAAACUGAGAUAUAUGCUAUCAAGGAACACAAGGAGAUUGAGUCUUCUAACAAUCUAACCAUGGCUGAAGCAUUAAAGACUGUCAUCUCCCAGAGUACAGAGUGUCCAGUUUGUCUUUCUACAUUCAUCGAUCCCAAGAUCCUGUCUUGUUCUCACACUUUCUGCAAGACUUGCCUGGACAACCUCUUAAAGUGCCACGGUAACUGUCAGAUUCGAUGCCCUGUCUGCAGAGCUGUCACGCAGGUCCCAAACCAAGAUGUCGGCAAACUACAGGUAAAUCUUGCGUUGAAGAGUCUGAUAGAUGACAUGGAGGGCCAACCUCAGAUUUGCACAAAUUGUAAAUCCAAUAACAAGCCCCAUGCUGAUGUCUACUGCCAAGACUGUGGCAAGUAUCUCUGCACCUCUUGUCUUAAUACGCACUCUCAAUGGGGAGACUUUAUCGGCCAUAACGUCAUUGCCAUGAGUGAGAUCUCGUCAGGCAAGGUGUCUGUACGUAGAUACCGCAAAUGCAGGAAACACCCGAAAGAAGAUGAAUGUUGCUUCUGUUCCACCUGCAGGAGAUUCACAUGCUUCAGAUGCGGUGUGAUGGAACAUAAAGACGAGGGACACCAGGUUGUCGAGGUAGCUACCUAUGAGGACAAACACAUGGAGGGUAUCGAAGACCUGAAAUCAAAGGUGGAGAAGAAACAAUCAUCCUUUCAGAAGUACAUUGAGUUCAUAGAUGAACAGAGCAAGAGUGUUGACAAUGCCAAGAAACAGUGUACAAGUGACAUCAACAAAGCAUAUUAUGAUGCAGUCCGGCAGUUGUCAGAGAAGAAAGAAAGCCUGCUAAGAGAAGUCAAGGAAACCACCGAAGGAGUAGCGAAAGAACUGAAAAGCAUGAAGACCACGGCUCAGAAGCACAUCAAUCAGUUGACGACUUUGGCUGAAAUGGUGAUUAACAAAACAAAGAUACCGUUAGAUAUGGAUACUUUGGCUACACACGACACUCUGUGUGAAGAGUUACGAGAGGUAUGUGAUCAAGAGGAUCCUGACUACAAGCAGCCGAAGAAAUCGGGCAUAAAGGGGAAAAGUGUCAAUUUUGAGAGAAAUGUUGGAGUGAAUGAGCUAGGCCUUGGAGAGAUUGUUAAUGUAGUUGAAAAGAACGUCGCCUUGCCCACAAAAAAGAAUAGCAUGAAUGCAAUGGUUGGUACACCAGACGGUAGGAUGGCAGUAGGAUGUGAUACAGGUGGCAUCUCUAUCUUCUCUUCUGAUGGUAAGCUUCAGCAUACAGUUCUGAAGGAUGUUAAGAUUGAUGGGGUAGGGUUCCUCUCUGAUGGUCGAUGUGUUGUGACUGACAAUUCUAACGAUAUCACACUGUACACGCCAGAGUACACAAAGUUGAAUGUAAUGUUUAAGACUCUAAGUCGAGAUGAAGGUGGGUUUUCUGAUCUCACUGUUGAUGGUGAUGACCUGAUCUAUGUGAGCUACUGGAAAGCCAUGAAGAUCUUGGUAUUUUCAACGGCAGGUUGGCAAGCAAUUAGGGAGAUACCAUGCAACGGGUAUGAACCUCUGCAAAUCACUAGUUACCGUGGUUCUCUUAUCACUACAUCAGUUGAUACUAUCAGAUUUAUAGACAAACAGGGUGUUAUACAACAUGAAUUAAAGAAACUGGGUAGCCACCUUUACGCUGCUGUAUCUCAAUGUAAUACAAUCCUGGUAGCCAAGGUGGAGCUUGAUGAAGAUUUGGUGAGCAUUGACGAGUAUGCAUAUGAACUAAGACACAUUCGAAACCUUGUUAAUGAUUACGCGAUUGAGAAGUCGGGGAUAUAUUGGUGUUACCUCCAGCAGUACCGAUCAGGGGAGAUCGCCUUCUGCACUCGGGAUAACCUCUAUAUAUUCCGCUAAAAAUAAUGGAUGAUAUCAACAUUGAUAUAUAAUAUCACAAUAUCACAGAAGGGGGGGGGGAUACCCACUGAGCUGCUAUUUUUGGCUAAAGUAAGCUGCUAUAUUAGAGGGGAAUACAUGAGAUAGUUGUUGGAUCAUUUCUUUCUCGUUUCUCACCCAUACAAAAGCAUUUCGCUGCUUACAUCUUUUUAUUUCCAACUUUGCAUCUAUGUAAACAAGCAUCAGCUUUAUCAGGUUUAUCCUGUGUGGGGAAAUUCUCGUACUUGAAAAUCAAAGAUAAUGUUGUUAAAUAUUUCAUGAGAAAUCAAAUGAUUCUGUAUCCAUAUACAUGUGUAUGAUAUUUGAUUGGAAAUGAUUAUGUUGGUAGUGAUGUGUUUACCAUAUACCAUUUAUGUGCGUAUACUUGUAUUUCAGAAAAUGGCACAAAAAAUGUAUAGAAAAAGCAUAGUCAAUGGAUAUCAAUUUUUAUUUUGAGCUUUGCUAUUAUUAAGCAUCAUCUUCAUCAUGUUUAUCCUGAGUGGGGGAUUUUCUAGUUCUUGUAUGUUAGACA